UCGCGCUUGCGGACUUUACGCGAUGAAAUUCGCGUGCUAUCGGCUUACUCAGACCUGAUUCUCGCUCGUUUUCUCGAACAUGCAGAUGUCGUGAAGGCAGCCGAGGGCGCGACGGUGCCAGUCAUCAACGGGUGCUGCGACCGUUACCAUCCGACACAGGCACUCGGUGACCUGAUGACGAUACAGGAAAAAUUUGGACGUAUUGAAGGGAUUAAACUCACUUAUAUCGGGGUGCACAAUAACGUAUGCAAUUCAUUGAUUACCGCCGGGCUAAAGACGGGUAUGGAAGUAACUGUCGCUGCACCGGAGAUUAAUCCCGCAGCUGUCGAUGAGGAACUCUAUGAAGCGGCACGUAAAGCGGGCACGUACAAGGCAUCGGAUCAACUUCACCAAGCAGUUGCAAACAGCGAUGUUGUGUAUACCGACACAUGGGUCGAUACGUUUAAGGAGGAGAAGGAACGACGCAUUAAGACACUUUCUCCCUAUCAGCUGAACGCGGAGUUACUCGCAGGGCAGGAUGUUCUAGUUAUGCACUGUCUGCCCGCCCACCGUGGUUAUGAAAUUUCCGGUGAAAUCGUUGAAGACCCGAGAUCGAUCAUGUUUGAUCAGUCGGAGAACCGACUUCAUAGUAUGAAAGGGUUAAUCCUGAAACUGUUGGGAGCACUAUGA